AUGGCUGCUGGAUAUCCCAUCACAAAUAUAAAAACCAUAGCAGAAGAAUCAAUAACAGUUCGUUUUCAAAAUGAUAAUUUGGAAACAUAUACACUUAUCUGGUUAGACAAAAACGUGAAUGAAACUGAGGAAAAUCUCAAUACUCAAAAGAAGCUGCGAGCAGCUAUUAAUCAGUUGAAAGUAAUUGAUGAUUGUAAUAAAUGUGUUAAUUAUUUGACCGAUAUUAAAGAUCAGAAAAUGGUUUUGAUUGUUUCUGGGAGUUAUGGGCCACAAGUCAUCCCUGUUGUACAUGGAUUAAAACAAUUGAAUGAUAUUUAUGUGUUUUGUGUCGAUAAGAAGAGUAAUGAAGAAUGGUCAAAAGAUUAUGAAAAGGUCAAAGGAGUUUUCACUGAUUCAAAACAACUGAUUGCCGAAUUGUCGAAGAACCAACGAAUUCGUGAACGAACGGAUGAUACGAUAGGUAUGAAUAUUUAUAGUCGAGUAACUACUGGCAGUGCUCAACAGCAGAGAGAUUCACGAAAUGCGAUGUUCAUGUAUUUCCAGUUAUUAAUUGACAUUCUAUUAGAAAUCACCGAUCAAGAUUCGAAAUCUAAGCAAGAUUUAAUUGAUCAUUUUAAACAGGUAUAUGAUGGAAAUGAAGUGGAAGAGGAGGUUAUUGAAGAGUAUGAACGUGAAUAUGAGCCACAUAAAGCGAUUUGGUGGUAUACACGGCACACAUUUUUAUCUCGAACCCUUAUAAAAGCACUUAGAGAUUCGGAUUACAACGUUCUCUUUGCCCUUCGAUUCUUCAUUACCGAUCUGCAUAAACAAUUAGCUGAAGAACACGAAACAUUUCGACGUUCAUAUAACAGUGACGAUCCUAUUCUUCGUGUUUAUCGUGGGCAAGCGAUUGCCAUCGAUGAACUAAAUUUGAUUCGUAAUAGCAUUGGUGAAUUCUUGUCAAUCCAAAACUUUUUGAGCACAAAUACCGAUCGAGAAGUUGCGGCUUUUUUUGCCAAACAAGUUACGCCCACAUCUGAACUAACACGUAUUGUCUUCCAAUUUAAUAUUGAUACACGCGCCCUGACGAAACCGUAUGCAGACAUAAAACGCUUAAGUUAUUUUACGGACGAAGAUGAAGUUCUGAUUAUGUUGGGAUCAAUUUUCAAAAUUGAACAAGUUGAAUAUAAUCAACGUGAGAAAACGUGGACUGGUAUGUUAUCGAUGUGUAGCCAAGAUGAGAACGAACUGACAGAUUUAAUGGCACAGUUGAAAGAAGAAACGAACAACGGAGUAUGCUCUCUUGGCUACUUACUCUACCGACAGGAAAGUUAUGAACAAGCAAAGAAGUAUUUCGAACAACUGUUGAAUGAAUCAUCAAUCAGUGAUUUCGAUAAAGCAUAUUGCUAUCGUGGACUCGGAGCUGUUACUAUUGAACUCGAACAGUAUGAUGAAGCACUCGUCUAUUAUCAAAAAGAACUUGAAUUAGAAAUGAUAAUGGAUCCUAGUCGUGAUGAUGUAACUAUUGCUCGAACUUACAUGUAUACUGGUGAAGCUUACUUUAGAAAUCAAGAUCUUGACUUAGCAUUAGAGUAUGAACAAAAAGCACUUUCUCUUCUACCUGAUAAUCACAUUGAUCGUGCCACAGUUUAUGAUAUAAUGGGCGGUGUUUAUCGGCGCAAACGACAGUAUGAGUUAUCUCAGGACUAUCAUAAAAAGGGUCUGGAAACAGCACUAUUACCUAAUAAUGAUUCUUCUGUUGGUAUAACAUACACGGCUCUUGGAAAUGUGUGUGACGACAUGGGUAACUAUCAAAAAGCAAUCGACUGCUAUAAAAAAGCAUUAGCUAUUUACAACAAAUCUUUACCACUAAAUCAUCCACAUAUUAAGUUAACUGAAGAUAUUCUACGUGAUACAAUACAUAAAUUAAAUCAAAAACAAUAG